GCGGAGGCGCUCAACAAGGCCAAGGGCAAGGAGCGCGCCCGCGCCGAGCUCGAGCAGCACAUCUCCGACAAGGAGCAGCGCUACGCCCGCUACCUGGCCAUGCUGCAGGAGCUGCGGGGCCAGCAGCAGGAGGAGGAGGCCUGGUACCGGCAGCAGGUCGACGCCCUCCGGCUGACCUGCGAGGCCAAGCUGGCCGAGGUCGGCGCCCAGUGGAAGGCCUGCCAGGCGGCCAAGAAGGAGGUGGCCGUCUACACCAUGGGGCGGCGGCUGGGGGGCAGGCAGGCGGCCGUCCAGCAGGUGGACCAGAUCCAGGGCAGGGAGGAGAGCAAGGAAAGGGAGAUGACGGAGGUCCGUCUGGAAAAUAUAAAGUUGAAACACAGGAUCUUUAAGCUUGAAGCGAGCUUAAAAGCCCAAGAGGAGUUGGCAGAGGGUCUGCAUUUAAUAGAUUUUGAGCAGCUGAAGAUAGAGAACCAGACCUACAAUGAGAAGAUUGAAGAACGCAAUGAGGAACUUUUGAAGCUCCGGCGAAAGAUCACCAACACGGUGCAAGUCCUGACUCAAGUAAAGGAAAAACUGCAGUUUGUGGAAGCUGAGAAUCAAGGCCAGAAGGCUCAGCUGAUGGCGGUAGAAGCUCUAGUAGCCCAAAAGAGAGAGAUCCUAACCAAGACAAAACAGGCACGGGAUCGGUUGCGAAUACAUAAUGAAAAGCUUCAGCAGAAAUGUGGCCUGCUUGGAGAUAAAGUAUUGUUGAGGGACUUUGAGGAGAAAGUGAAUGCUGCAGAGAUGCUUAAGGAGAGGCUGGAAGCGCUGAAACUUCAGCAUGCUGGACUUGCCCUUACUUGUGAUGGAGUUAAGAAGAAAAUCAGAGGAAUAAAAUCUUUUCUACCAAUCUGA